AAAAGAUCAAAGGAAACUUUUUUAUUAAUGUGAUCUUACGUGAUGAUUUAGUCAGAAAAACUGAGAUUAAUUACUAAUAGUAUAACUAUAUAUAUGACAUCUCUUUAUAUAUCAGCAACUAUCAAUAGGACACAUUUCAUUACAUAAAAAAAUCCUAUACCAAUAGGACAAAACAGAAUUUAGUAACUUUGUUUUUCCUUCUACUCUCUCUCUCUCUCUUCUCAAAAUAAAAUUAUCUAUUAUACAUAAAUAUAUGCGUUGGUUAGGGUAAAAGUACGGCUGGGAUAAGUAAAAGAGGAUUGGAAACUUUACCCUAAAGAGGAGGAAGAAGAAGGAAGAAGGGGGAAUAUAUAAGGAACUAUAUUUUAUAUAUAUAGUAGUUUUGCAGUAGAAGAUUGGUGGUGUUAAUUAAUAUAUAUAUUUCAUACUUAAUUUGGAAAUAUAUAUACUAUUUUUUAUUUUGAAAGAACUAUAUAAUAUAUAUUUUAUAUAUGGGAAGAGGAAAGGUGGAACUGAAGAGGAUUGAAAACAAGAUAAAUCGACAAGUGACCUUUGCUAAAAGAAGGAAUGGGUUGCUUAAGAAGGCUUAUGAGCUCUCCGUUUUAUGUGAUGCUGAAGUCGCUCUUAUCAUUUUCUCAGCUCGAGGCAAGCUCUAUGAGUUUUGCAGCGGUCCUAGCAUCACCAAGACGCUUGAGAGGUAUGACAGAUGCAGCUAUGGAGCACAGGAAGGAAAACUGGCUGGAAACGACACAGAGAGCAUCUAUCAAGAGUAUCUCAAGCUGAAAGCAAAAGUUGAGGUUCUUAGACGAACGCAGAGGAAUCUUCUCGGGGAGGAUUUAGAGCAUUUGGGACUAAAGGAGAUUCAACAGCUUGAGCAAAAACUUGACUCGUCAUUGAAGCAAAUCAGGUCAACUAAGACACAGCAUAUGAUUGAUGAGCUUUCUCUUCUUCGGGGGAAGGAAGAGACAUUGCUUGAAGAAAACAAUGAAUUGAAAAAGAAGUUGGAGAAAAUUUGUGGUUUGAUUCCUGAGCAGGAAAGUGAAAAUGGGGACCAAAAUGUUGGAUGUACCCACCAUCCAACUCAGCCAGUGGAACUCAGUUUUGAGCAUUUGCGAUGCAAUAAUAAUAGUGGCUACAAUAAUAUUAAUACAAAUAAUACUACUUCUACUAUUGCAUUGCAGAUCGGCUACGGUGGUACUGUUAAUUCAGGAAUAAGAGGCCAAGAAAAUAUGGGUGCAGCCCAUUCAAUGCAAAAUUUGAUGGCUUGUAAUUCAGUGGACCGCGGAUGUUUUGAUCUCUAAAAGCCCUAUACCUACUAGUAUCAAUUUUACACUUUGUCUUGUUUUUUUGUUCCUUGUCUCCUUACUAUAAUGUUUUGUUCUUAAAAGGGGAGGCGACAAAUAAACUGUUUCUAGUUUGUGUACUAUAUAGCUAUCUUCUGCUAUUGGAACUAUAUAUAUUAAAAAAAAUUCUAUGAAUAGUCAAAUUAUAUUUAUAUA